AUGGCCGAUCUACCUCUACGUCCCUCCUACAGCAUUUCUCCCACUCUCGCAGCUUAUGAGGUGACUGCUGACCGCUAUCUAUCUCAACGAGCUGAAUUCACCGGCAUUGUUGGUGCAGCGAUCAUUAUCCACAAUGGCCGAGUCCUGAUUUUGCAGCGAGCAUCUGAAGAUGAGUGUCCAGAUGUGUGGGAAGUCCCCAAUGGCGGAGCAAUGGGUGACGAAACACCGAUUGAAUGCGCCGUCCGUGAACUAAAAGGAGGCCGAUUUGGCAGCGCCAUCCAGACCCUAGGUAGUCGCGGUGCGGAGAGUAUCGUGAGGACUCAGCUAUUUAGUCAAAAACAUGAAGACGCCCCGGCGGUUAUGCAAGGAUUUACUGAUUUCCUGGGCCGCCAACACGGGGGUGACAUUGGCUCUACUGCCAUCCUGCUUGUCAUCUCGAGCUUCUCGGACCCGGAGAUGCUGGUGGAGAUCAUGGUAGAUGCAAUUGCAGACGCAUCGUGA